GAACACAGCUACUGCCAAGAGUGUCUUCAAACGCUAGUCUCAAAUUCUCUACAAGACGAAGCCCUGUAUCCCCCACGUUGCUGCAGGAAGCCAUUCGAGAUGGAUCUCAUGAGACCCUUUCUCUCCCCAGAGCUCAUCAGCGGUUUCCACGAGAAGGGAAUAGAGUUUGGUGUAGCCGAUCGUCUUUAUUGCUCAAACCCAACCUGUUCGACUUUUCUGUUUCCUGCGAACAUCACUGGGGAUGAGAUCGAAUGCCCACUAUGCUUAGUCAUAACUUGCACACUUUGCAAGAGUGCAGCUCAUGAUGGAGUUUGUCCUCUGGACACUGCUACUCAAAAAGUCUUGGCAUUGGCGGAGGGCGAAGGAUGGAGACGCUGCUCUAAAUGCAAGGCAGUCGUGCAGCUAAGAUCUGGGUGCAAUCACAUCACAUGUCGUUGCAAAGCUGAAUGGUGCUAUGUAUGCAGAUCAGCAUGGAAAUCUUGCGAGUGUCCCAAAUGGAACGAAGCUCGUAUCAUGGCCUGA